AUGCGUGCCUCCGCCAUUAUCGGUCUCUCCCUCGCGGCCCUCGCAACCAGCUCCCCUAUUGAGGCCCGCCAGGACGACUCUGGCAAUGUUUUCAGCGUUUCCGACUUUGUCUUCGGAUGCACGACGACCUGCGACUGGUCCUUCGAUGUCACUGUGGUCGGCUCGCAGCUGCCUAACCAUCCUCCAGUGAAGAACGCAGUCACCUGCUCUGGUAGCCUGGAGGACAAGGAUUUCGUUGAGUGCAGCGAGUUCGGCAACGGCAACCGCUACGUCGCCGCCUACAUUACGCCCGCCAACCAGCUCCGUCUGAAGUACCACGUUACGAAGCCCCGUCAAGGUGCCUAUUAUGAGUACUUCGGCCACCGUAAAGUCAACGCCCAGACAAGCGGCAAGCCUCAGCCAACCGAGUUCACCGUCAAGGAGGUCAGGGCCAUCGGCGUGGCGUAG